AUGGAUAAAAAGAAAGGAAUAGAAGAAUCCAUACUUAAGAAAGGAGGCAAACUCCAGAAGCAAAUUCAAGAAAACCUAGUUGAAGCCUCUACUGGCAGGAAAUAUCUGUUAAAUAUUUCAUUACUUUACGCAUCUGGCCUUAAGAAUAUAUCUCUAGUGGAUAAUAUUAUGAAGAGAAAUAACUUUUAAUCUAGACUAUACAAUUUUAUUUAGUAUCAGCCAAUUCCCAGAUCAAAGCAGGUUUAAUAAACUUUUAGCAAAACCUUUUAUAAAAGAAAUUUCAGAAUGCAAAUUAUUCUUUCAUAAUUUUAAACUGACCUCAAAAACAUUGUACAGAAGAAACAUUUGAAAUUAUCUCCCCUUGGUUACUAACAAGCUCUUUCUCAGCUGCAUUCUUGUCCCGAGAAAUUUCUUGAGAAAGAUUCUUCAAAUUGGGAGGCAUAUUGACAAAUUUGUCUUCCAGUACUGUUAUAUUCGUUUUGAUUAUUUCAAAUUAAGUGAUUCGAUCCACUAUUCUACCAGUACGAUCUCAAUAAUUCAAAGAUCUCCUGCUGAGAGAAAGUAUUGGGAACAAAACCCAGAAAAAGUAUCAAUCCUGUUGAGAGCCAUUUCUCAGACUGAUCUGAAGAAAUCAUUAAAGGUCUUUUCAUUUGACAUCCCUGAGCCCAAAAACUAUAUUCAAGAAUGUUCUCAAGCUUUAGGAAUACUCUCUUCAAAUCCAGAAAAUUAACAAAAUAUAGAUCUAUUUUUAAUA